UCUCACUUCCUGCGUUAGCGGUGACUAUAAAAGCAGGCGACGCGUCCUCGCGUGGGCCAACUGACAUCUUAAAGACCAAUCAGAGCAGAGCCUGCCGGAGCGGCGAGCCAAUCAGCUGCCGAGGCUUCAGGUGUCGGUUUGUCGUCGGGGACUGUUUUGAUGCAGUUUGGGGGAAAAUGUUGGACGGGACGUUUGUCCACGCAAACAUCGACGGGAGCGUGUGUUCGUCGGGACGAGCCGAAAUGGACGCCCCAGCCCCAUCAGCAGCAGCAGCAGCAGCAGCAGCACCCCACACGGAUAUCUAGUGUCACAAGCAACUCCAGUCCAGUUCACAUCCUUGCUUCCAACAAACGCAAGAAACCCAAACCGUUCUCUUGUCUUCUAUGACACAUCCAAUUUAUGCCCAGCUAGAUUCGGUAGAAUCGCUGUUGGACGAACUCCCAUAUAUGUUUUAUCUGGGCCUGUUCUUUGUGAACGUCCUGAUCCUCUACUAUGCCUUUCUGAUGGAGUACAUCGUCCUGAAUGUGGGGAUAGUGUUUCUGCCUGAGGACAUGGACCAGGCGCUGGUGGACCUCGGGGUGCUGUCCGACCCGGCGUCUGUCCCUUACGACACAGACACGGAGCUGGAUGUGUUUGAGGGUUAUCUUGAGUGACACAAGGACGAAAAGUGGAAAGGUGGUGAUGAUGCAGAGGUCUGAUCUCAGCCUGAAUACUCCCUGGUCUGUCAUGUGGGGAGGAAAUGCCUCAAGGUGGAUGCUCACGGACAUAUGGGUGAAAAAGCUGUCUCGGCUCAAACUAGGGUAGCCUGAAGUGAUUCAGCACCGCCGGCGACUCUUCCCUUGGGAAGAGCACUCUGCACUGGAUCAGCUGUCAGUCAAAUCAAUCUAUUGCCCAUGAUAAAAAACUGCACUGGCAUCCGUGCCCCCCUCACUGUGGACACGAUGAAAGAUACAAAGGAAGUGCUGCAAGAGGGGAAGGAGACAGCCGUGGAUGAAAAAUGAAUGUCACUCGAGAUGUUGAGCACGAUUCAGAUCGAUACACUUUUUUAAAGUGAUCAGUUACCAAGGCUGCGCAGAGAUCUGGUAGCUGACCGCUGAAGGAAGUGAAUAGAAAACUUUCCACUUCAGUCACAGUGUGAUGUCUUCCGCGGUGUGAGUCAGAAGAACUUGUCCACAUGUCCACUAUAGGUCUGUCGCAUACUUAAUCACCCGCAGAGCAACUUGUUUCAACCGUUUGUCCUUUUUUUGUUUUGUUUUUAAGUUUUCGAAACGCAUCGCUUGAUCAGCAGGCUCACUCAUUCCGGAGGCGCAAGUGUAAAAUGUGUCUUUUGAGGUCACCCACAUUGUCUGUCUGCUUCAGGGAUGUACACACUCUCAGGAGCACAGUUAGGAACUUGUGCACUGGCAGGACACAGACACUGUAAACAGGACAUAGGAAAGCCCCAAUCACUUCACACUGGCUCAUAAAUCAGGAGCACCACCACAUUUUUCACUGUAAUGUAGAAAGUAUUAAAGUACCUAGGUAGGUUUUCUGAUAAUCUAUAGUAUAUCCUAUUAGUAAUUUGGAUUAUAUGCAAAUUACAAUUUAAAUUCACUUAACAGUAAUAGAUUACUAACAACCACAAGUGGCCAAAUGUGUCAAACUGUUAUGAGUUGUGUCAAAGGCUGAAACCUCAUGAAGACGCCCUAUUUUUCAUUCUGUGUUGCAUACAUUUUUAGUUUUUAAAUGUGAGUUACACAUGGAAAAACUCGGCAUGAUAUCUGUUCAGUUUAGUCGUCAAACUCUUGUUUUAUCAGACUUUCUUCUGUUCGUUAUGAAUUUAGAAGAUAAAAUAAUUAUUCUUGGCAGCAAUAAUGAACUGGAGUCAAGCGAAGAGGCGGUUUCAGUAGUUACACAGAUGAGAUCAUGCACAGAAUCACGUCUGUGAUGCUUGUAAAAGGGGAGCUCAGUUGAUUUACUAGAAUAUUAAAAUGUAGAUAUGAAAGUACUGUACCCGGACAAUUUUUGGAAGCAAUACAGAGGAACAAAUGUUUUCUCCUCGCGUAGAGUACUGCCCACCAGAAUAAGCAGAUUGUUCAUAACAAUCGUCACAAUGUGGUCGUAACUAAAGCUGUAGAGGCCGUUCCAAUUUGCACAUGCAUGUUUCAUAAUCUCAGUAAGUUUUUGUCCAGUCUUUUCUUGCCUGUCAGUGGUUUAAACAUUACAACCUUUCACCCACAUGUUUGACCAUCACUUGGCCUACUCAUCUCAAAUGGUAUAUUUAGAUACAGUCCGUUAAUUGUCCACAGCAACUUUGUGUAGUAAUGAAUUCAAAAGAAAAAUGCAACUUAAGAACAGGGAUGUAAAGAAUAAUUGUGUCCAACACUUUGAUGGCUGUUUUCCACCAGUAUUAAUUCACGAAGGCUGAUAACCAAAUUGUUUCUUGGCUGCCAGUAAGCAAUGUUUUGUUUGUGGGGACAUUUGCAGUGUUUUGAUUGGAUUGUUUGUUCCUUUGUAUAAAUCAGUGUCCAUUAAAAAGAAAUCUAUUUUUGGCAGGAUUAAAAAAAUAUAUAUAUAUAUCCAUCUGAAAGGCACUUAGAUCACAUGACACCAAAGCUCAGGAUACUAAUAUUCAUUAAAUAUUGUAAAACAUGUCUGUGUGGAAUUUGAUCAAAAAGUCAUUGAAUGAAGACUAAGUAAGUUCGUACUGUAGAUGACAAGUAAGUCAUCAAUACCUAUUCGAGAAGACGCUGGAGGUGGAUGACAUUACCAGGCUGACUUUUAACCCAAUGUCUGAAUGUCAGGACGAUGAUUUGAGAAAAACAAAUGUUUAAGUCGCUCCCCAUACUCGAGUGAAGCGGUGAGAUGAGGAGGAUCUUCAGUUUUGUACAAAAACUGUGUUGGUCGCAGGUAUCAAACUGUUUGUGCCAUUUUCCCGGGCACGACACCACACUGUGCUGGUCAGGUUCUGAUCAACUCUGCUCACAGCAUCUUAGUUUAGUGGAAAACACAUAAGACGUCACAAGGACUUUGACGGAUAGGAGCUUCUGCCCAAGUUGUUGGAUGUUUAGUCAUCAACAUACAGCCUUUACCCAACGCUUGUGUCAUCCCUCCACAUGUACUUCUUUGCAGACACGCACACGCUACAAUAAGCUAUGGAUCGUUAACAGAGUUUUAUUUUCCAAUGUGUAUUUAAUAAACUUUGAGCGAAUGCCA